AUGUGCAGGGCCACUUCUCCAUCCCCUUUGCAGCCUGGCAGACUUCGGGAGACUGUGGUCAUUGUGGCGCUGACGGCGCUGAAUCUGAGCCCUUAAACUGGAGAAAGGAGUUAGGGGGAACCGGGAGCAGGGAGCCAGGACCAAAAAGGGUUGUUUGGAAGCGCCCGCCAGGGGGCAUUAGAAGUCGCUUCUAGUUGUCUGUGCAGUACUAAGGAGACUGAUACUAGAUCCUGGCUGGCCUCACAAAGCAGAGGGAGGGAGUGCAGUGAACAGGCGCGGAACGAAAGAGCGGGGGCACCAGCUACAGAACGAGAUCGCAAACAUAAGAACCAGAGCCAGAAUCGGACCUGGGACUGGAACCGUAGCUGCUGAAGCCAUAAUCUGUGGAGCAGUUGCAGCCAAGAAGCAGGGAGUCCCGCCCCACUACGGACUGCCUCCCAAGAUGCCUGGCAUCAUGGUGAUCCUCGCUUGGUGUUUCCUACAAGUGGACAGCCAGCACGCAGAGCUGCUCACCCGCCACAACAAUGGCAAUUUCCUGGACAGUGACAAAUGGCUGAGCACUGUCUCCCAGUACGACAGGGACAAGUAUUGGAACAGAUUCCGCGAUGAUGAUUAUUUCAGGAACUGGAAUACAAACAAGCCCUUUGACCAAGUUCUAGACCCAUCCAAAGAUCCUUGCUUGAAUGUGAAGUGCAGUCCAUAUAAAGUGUGUGUAACUCAUGACUACCAGGCAGCUGUGUGUGUGAGCCGUAAGCAGCUUAUGCAAAGACAAAAGAAGGGGACUGUGGCCCACAAACACCAGACUGAAAUUUCAAAUGUAGUCAAGUGCAAACCUUGCACUGCUUCAGCUCACACUGGUCUUGUCUGUGGCUCUGAUGGCCACACCUACACCUCUAAGUGCAAGCUGGAAUUCCAUUCCUGUUCCUCUGGGAGAGGCUUUACAACCCUGUGUGAAGGACCCUGCCCAUGUCUUCCAGAGCCAGAACACCCCAAGCACAAGACAGAGAAGAACAGUUGCACGGACAAGGAAUUGAGGAAUCUUGCUUCCCGGCUAAAAGAUUGGUUUGGAAUGCUUCAUGAGGAUGCAAAUCAUGUCAUCAAGCCCACUAGUUCAGACCCAGCCCAAAGCAGGUUUGAUACCAGCAUUCUGCCCAUCUGCAAGGACUCCCUGGGCUGGAUGUUCAACAAAUUGGACAUGAACUACGAUCUCUUGCUUGACCAUUCAGAGAUCAAUGCCAUUUAUCUUGACAAGUAUGAACCAUGCAUCAAAACCCUCUUCAACUCUUGUGACUCCUUCAAAGAUGGGAAACUCUCAAAUAAUGAAUGGUGCUAUUGCUUUCAGAAGCCAGGAGGUCUCCCUUGCCAGAAUGAAAUGAACAGGAUUCAGAAGCUAAGCAAAGGGAAAAGCCUGCUGGGGACAUUCAUUCCCCACUGUAAUGAUGAAGGAUACUAUAAAGCUACCCAGUGUCAUGAGAGCACUGGACAAUGUUGGUGUGUGGAUAAAUAUGGGAAUGAGCUGGCUGGCUCUAGGAAGCAAGGAGCAGUGAAUUGUGAAGAAGAGCAAGAAAAUUCAGGAGAUUUUGGCAGUGGGGAUGCUGUGGUCCUGUUGGAUGAUCUGGAAGAAGAACAUGGAGAGACACGAAAGGACAAAGAUGGGAAACUGAAAAUUCAUGUAAGGGCAACGAAUGAAGAUAAUGAAGAUGAAGAUGAUGACAAGGAGGAUGAGGUUGGCUAUAUAUGGUAGUCCCCUCAGGGCAAAGGACUUGUGUUUUGCACAAUAUCACAAGUCCAUCACAUCUCAACAAUUGUAUGUCUAAAACCAUUAGGCAAAAAAUAUCUCCUCGCCACUGUUCUGUCCUCUAUUUUGUGUAUAAUUUGGAAGACGGCUUCUCUUCUUUCCUAAGUGCUCCAAUUUUGAGAAUGGCUAUUCUGGGGAUGUGGAUUUUCUUUUUUAGACGAGGGUCCAACUGGCUUUUCUUAAAGUUUCAUACUCCUGGCUUUCUUUCUCCCCUUCAGGAGGACUUCUCUCAACAAUUAUGUUGAGAAAAUUAUAUGAAAUAACAAUUACAUGAAAUUCUGACUGGGAAAGAAGCCAGGUCUGCUGCUGGGUAGAAGAAUGAACCCUGUUUUGCUUGUCUGCACUAGUAAUUAAUUAUAGCACUAUCUAUCCAUAGGACUGAUAAUUUUCAUGUUUUAUCAAAAAAAACCGCAAAUAAUGAAUCAAAAGAAAAUCUUCAUGACGUCUUAAAAAAAAAAACUGGGAUUUUAAUUAAAGAGUAGAAAGAUUGAUUUGAAGAAUUGAAUUUUAAUCCUUUACUUUUCUUUCUUAGAGACAAAUAACUAGAAGUCUGUACUACAUUACUUUUUCCAUCCCAAGAAUUUUAAUGACAUUUUUAAACCUCCACAAGUGGAUAGAAGUAUCACAUGCUUAUUGCAAAACCUGCAUAUCCUCAUUUCACUCAGUCCUUAGAAUUGCUCUCUCCCUGUCUCUUGCAAGAGGUUUGGUCAAAGGGAUUUGAAAACCUUUUAAGUAAGGUCUUCUUUCCCCUACUGAAGACUUUCUUUCAAUACAACCUUAGCUAAUUUCAUGGCCAUCCUCUUCUUCAACUGAAAGUGCUUACUAUAUUUUCAUCAAUUCAACACCUUUCUUUAUGGGAAAACUAAUUGGCAAAUGAAAUCAGUAUACUCUUUUUGGUGGUUUGUCUGCCUCUUCAUUUAUGGCUUAAACUACACUAUUGCAUUCAAUCAGCUUGGUCAAAAAUUCAAUCAAGUUUCCUUGUCACUAUGAUACAGUUGGCUACCUCUUUUUUCCAUUGACUGGAAUGAUUUUUUUUUUAGUUAAAAAGACCAUUUUGGCUUCACACAAAUACAACCUAAAACUGGUUGUUUCCUUUGCCCAUGCUUACUGGCUGGACUGACACAUAACAUCAAACAUUAUUUCUUAUUGAUUGUUAACAUAAUUGAUUCUGCUAUACUAAUCAUGUGAAAACCAAGAAUAAAGAUGACAUACAUCUGCUCUUCUGGAUAGAAUAAAUGUUAUUGUGUCACAAAUUGUAAGAACAAGAAAUUUCUGUUAGGAAGUCACAACCAAGCAGUCUUCUAACAUGCAUUAUUUCUGUUUCAAGUGGAUUUUAUUUGACCAGGUCUUUGAACUCAGAGUUUGGAAACAACUGCAUAAUUGCAAUUAAUUUACUGAAAUUGUUCAUUUAAUAAAAAUAUAUCUCUUAAAAAUUAAAAAUGCAUGAAAAAACUUCCAAUGAGGCUGUAAGAGAAAAUUAUUGUUAAUAACCCCAACUAUCUCUGAAAAUGCACCAGAGAACGCAUUAGCAUUGGCACAUUGAUUUUUGCUUAGAGAAACUUUUAGGAGUGUAGUGAACUACUGAUUUUAAUUUACCUAAUUAUCUUAUGACAAGUAUCAAAUUAAGAUGACACUCAGAACUCCUUACUAUUCAGUUAAUGAUGGAUAAAAGAGCACUGUGGAAAAUUUGUAGCAAGGUAAUGAUGCUCAGUUUUUAGAGUUGUUCUAGGAAGAUAUUUUGACUCAUUAGAAUCUAAAAUACAAAACUAUUCCUGUGAUUAGAUUGAAAGCUCAGUUACAUUAUUCUCUUCUUCAACUUUUCCAGGGCAAUGUCAGGUUUCUGAAAAAAAAAUUAAUCACUUUCCUUGAAAAUUGUAAUUUUUUUAUAAGCCUCAUUCUGAGAUUUGAAGAAUAAGUGUCUAUCAUUUUCUCUUAUCAAGACUUUUAGAGUUAUACCACCAUGAUUAGGUUCAUUUGAAAAAUUCCAGUUAUCCAGUGAUUGUAUUUAUGAUCCAUAUCUCCAUUUUUCUACUAGAACCAAUGUCUAAGUUGCAUUCUAAAUGUGGCUAUUUAGAAAAUCCUUGUGAGCUGUGAGGAGGUUUUAAAUAUUUAAUUCUUUUUUCACUUAUAACUCAAAUCUAACUUUCCAUUUGGGGAAAAUAGUAGAUAUGUCUCUUGUCUCUCUAAAACUGGCUUCAAUUUCAAAAUUUCUGACUUGGAAAUGUUUUAAUAUUGUUUUUGGAGUUUUAUAGCAAUUCCUCUUUUCUACUCCUAACAUACUUUGUCUCCCCAUUCCUCCUCUCUGUGACAAUAUGAAAUUGACAGCCAUCUCUCACCACAGUUCAACAAAUUUGUCCAUUACCCUUAAGUCUUUCCCAUAUAUAAUCCAUGUUUAUUUAAUGCAUCAACUGCACUGUACAAUAACAUCUAAAAGACCUUUCUUUCUAUAGUGGGUAGUUUUGAUCUUUUUAUACUUUUUUUUCAAUGCUGUUUACAUUUGUUCCUGUUAAAUGUGUAGUGUUAAAAGAAGAAUCUCACCCAAAUACUGAGUGUGUCAGUUGGCUGUUCCUACUGUAGAUGCACUAUAGAUGACCAUAGUAAAGUAGAUUAGCAUAGUGAAUUCUGAAUGCUUUUCCAUACAGAUUUACCUGGAAUGUGAACACUUGGCUGACCUCCUUGGUUAAUUGUAAAUGCUUAAUUGUGAUCCUGAAUAGUUGCAUUUCUGUCUAUCUCAAUAAAUUUGAAUUUCUCUGACACA